AUGCUUUCUACGAGCAGCGUAGUCAGCAGCCAGGUCUGUCACUAUGUUGGCCCAGGUGCCCUUCCCAUUAGUCAACUCCUCCAGCUCGAGCGGUAUCGUGGUUUCGCACCAGGCACGAAACCACCAGCCGACGUGCUUCAGACGAGAAGGAAUAUACACACAGCUCGACGGGGUUUUGGCGGCACUCCCAAACCAUUCUCCGAGUCUACAUCAUCCGGCCUGCAGAAAGAUCAGAAAUGCUCGCUCAGGAACGACCGGAGGUCCUUCCAGUCUUCUGCGCAAGCAUCUGGCCUGUGGGGAUGGAUUUCCAGUGCUGUAUCAAAACCACCGGAGAAGGAAGUGCCCGAGCCGAAGUACAAGAAGGGCAGACGGGUGAUAGAGCCCUCUACUAGCCUGCCGGAACAUGUCGUCGACGCAAUCCCUCGUCUUGUUGAGCAGUAUAUGACAACAUACUCCGAAGGCAAGUAUGUGCAGAUGGGGCACAUCACCUACUACAUUCAAGAGGAGCUGAACCUCAAAGCGACCCUGGGCGAGAGGGUCUACCGGGAUAACUACCAGAGAAUCAUAUCCUUGAUCACGACUCCGCUGAACAAUAGACGAAAGUAUGAGUUGACGAACGCGGGUGGCAAGUAUUGGUACCGUCGGAAACCCAACGAAGGAGCUCCGCAGAGCAGGGUCGUCAAAAUUCCAGUCUCUCCAGACGCCCCAAAACUGCCGACGCCUAAGGAAGCAUUGCUCAAAGCUGCGGCCACCGGUCCGGCCGCAAAGCCGGAUCUGGCCCAAAACUACAACCAGGUGCUAUUGAUGUCUCCUCAGGACGAGGCAAUAUGGCAAUUACGAAAGGGACUCGGGGAACUUCGCGCCUACAGGCCCACUGGAUCGUCCAGAACACCGCGCAAAGGCGACCUCUUUGCUGCUUUUGAUUACGAUCUUGCAUCUGAACGGACAAGGUCACUGUUCGCUUUCAAUCCUGAGGCGCACGGGUUCUUACUCUCUUCCUUGAAAGCGCACAUCCCUGAGGACCAUCUCUGGCUAAUGACGAGGCAGCGGUUGCUCGACUUUUGUGAUAAAUUGGUAGCAUGUGAGCACGGAUUUGAGGCAGUCGAACGUUACCACAUGGAACUUCAACACCACGACAAGCUCUACCAGAGGGAUGUGGUGUCUGUUCUCAGGAGACUCGAGUCCAGGCUUACCAAGGUCUAUAGGCAAGGCAUUACGCAUGAUAUGCAAGUACAUCGAAAGCCUCGCGCCGGUGCUCGAGCUACAAUCACAAAUCAUAUGCUUGAGCAGAGCGCGAUAAUUGUCUAUCAGAUAAGGACCGACCUUGGCGAGUUGUCCACAACGCUUGAAGAGAAAGGAAAAUUGAUCGCGGCCAAGUUCCUCGAACCUAUCGAACGUCAAAUCCGCGAGGUCGAGGAACAAUACGCAGACGCCGAAGCAGAGUUGUCCGCCAUACGCCAGCGGCACAUCAACUCUAUACCUCAACGGUUGCGAUCCAAGAAAGACCGAGAAGCAGAGAUUGACUUGCAAGUCCGUCGCCUACGAGGCGUCCGAAGAACGGAGAAAGGAUCUUCUUCGGAGAAAGGAUCGGAGUACCUGAGAGGGCGUCAGCACACCCUCAUAGAUAACCUCUCCGAGAGUGCCAAAGGCAUGAAUCCAUUGCUGCGAGAAUUGUUUGACGAGAUGACGGAAAAAGGCUACAUCAGCCGGCUCGAGGCCGACAAGGAACAUAUUCGACUAGGAACCCUUCUCCAAUUCGACCUGGAGAAGGAUUUGGAUCGUUGGUUUCACAAACUGCGAGGGCACCGGUACAGACGCUUGCAAGCAGAGGCUGGGCCGGAGAUUGUAGCUUUGCGCCCGUGGACACCUUAUAGCGACAUGAUCGACGAUAUACAUGGCAACAUCGAGGAUAUUCGCGACAUUAUUCGCUGGGCGUCGUCCUUGUUACUGACCAAGAAGACAAACGCGCAACUCGAGCUCAGGGGCAUUAUCCAGCAGCUUCACGUACUGCUGCGGGAUAACCAGGAAAUGUCCACAUUCGCUCGGUGUCUCUGCAGCAAUGAAUUUGUAUACGCCAGUUCAGCCUCGCCAUUACGGACUUCUCUCACGUUGACCUUCAGGCCGUUUUGGUUCUUCACAAACUUUUGGGACGAAAUGCAUAAACAAGUGCACGGUGAAUGUAUUUUCUUUUUAAGCAUUCGUCUCGAUCUCAGCCUGCACCGUGGGCGCAGCAGUCGGGCCAGAUCUCGCGAGUCUGCUCGCUUGGACAAGCUCGUGAAAAUUUACUUUUCUAUCAGAACUUCGAUGAAACAAAUCAUCAUCGAGCUGGAGGACGCCUACUGGGUCAUCACAAGCGAGUGUCUGAAGAGGCGUUCGAACAUCGAGGACAACAGCAAUAAUACCGAUCUCCAGCCGUUCCUCAAUACUUCGUAUGCUCAAGGUCGCGGCCCUCUCUGGCAGCGUGAGUUGAACGGUCUGGCUAUCGACCAGCCUAAGCAAACCCUGGGAAUCUCUAAGUUCCAGCCAUCGCCUCGUUCAGCCAUGUAUCCACAGCACUCAGAUCGCAAAUUCCCGGUAUACCUCUUGUGCAGCCCAUACAGCAUCAGCAAAGCUGUUGCUGAACUUCGUAGGACUGAAGCUAUCGGCGUGUACGCGCACACCCGCAUCAUCAAGAAGCCGUGGGACAGAUCGUCCGAGCGUAGUGUACUAGAUAUACUCGUCAUCUCGACUCCGACGCGGGCUUACCUGAUCAGCCCAGACGUUGUCCUGCGCCGUGACGGGUCCUUCAAGGGCAAAAUGCUGGACGAUCUCGCAGAACUCUUGUCAGACACAUCUACGGUUAAGAUAGUUGACAACUUGUACAAGACGAGAGAGCACCUGGACCAUCAAUUUACUUCAACACGCUCUCGAAUAGUUCUCGGACCGUUGUCGUCAUCCAUACCAUACGAAAACAUCAGCUUACCGGAGCCCUCGAACAGGUUUCCCGAGAACAUAUCCGCUCUAGUCGACCGUGCGCGUGCCCCGUUGUGCUGGUAUAUGGGCGAGCAGCACGAACACCUCAUGCGAUACACAGACGAAGCCAGCAAACAGCUGCCAGAGAUCGGUCCCGUCUGCAUUGAUCCGGAGAGUGAGUUCGGAUUCGGAACGCCUCUCGCACACGGCGGUCGGCAGGCGUACAGUAGAGACGACUGGUUGUAUAAAUUCUCUCUUGACAUGACGAAGCGCUUCGAACCAUGCGGAGAGCUUGACCAGGACGCUCGGCGGUCUCUCGCGGCCUACUACAUGGCUACGACUUUCGGCGAAGACCGUGAGACAAUUUGUCGUGUCGCGGGCGUUUCCAACGCACCUGAGAUUGUCGCCGUAGCUGCGAGGAAGCACGGACUCCCGUACCAUGAUUGGCACAAGGCAUUAUUCGAAGACUCUUUAGUACCUGCCGGAAGCACACCAGUCUCGGCCGAAUCCCAACAGCACCAGGUUGGUGGCCAUGAAGUGCACGAACACGAGCUACACGCACUGGGCAGCUUGACGGCGUGGUCUCCCGCAAGCUUGGACCCGACGGAGCACGAAGACGAUCUCGUUUACAGACCAGUCAGCGAAAUACCAGCCUUUACCGCAUAUAUGAGUGACCUCGAGGAGGGCGCUGAGUACACGCAAAUCGAUUCUCAACGGGACCUCCAACGUGGUAAAAUUGUAGUGGCGCGGGACAUGGCCUACGAGCUCCAGACUUGGAGACGGAACUGGGAGCAGGGGCGAGCGAGACCUCUUGUGCGAUGGAGCAGCCAACAGGAAAGGCGUGCGACCCAAGCAACCAGGCGACCUAGCUUGGAGCGUGCUUUGCGCGGAGCUACCAAUAAAUUGAAGAAAACGCUAAAAAAGCAGACAGUUCAGGAGCCGGCCAGUUGGACACCUAUGCGAGCUCUCCCCGGCGGGGACGGGCAGGACGGUGCAUCGAGUUCAGUCAAAUGGGGUCCCUCGACAGCAUCAGCCAAGCGACCGGAAUUGGGAUCGCCACCGAAAAGCAAUCGGCAAGGUUCGAAAGUCAUAGAGGGGAUAGGAAUCAAGUAUCCCCCCACGAUCUCGAGUUCGAGAACGGCGAGACAAGCCGCGGCUCUUGAAUCAACAGAUCAAGGAGCCAGACGCGGACAGGGCCGUAAGAAGAGCCGGGUGUUCACUGCAAUCAAGAUCAAAAAAUACGCCAGCCUUACGUUCAGGAAGUACAACAGCAUCGCAUCCAGUAAAGCCGACAAGGACUCACAUGCGGCAGAUCAAGCAGCCAGACGCGGACAAGGUCGUAAGAGGAGCCGGAUGUUCACCGCAAUCAGAAGAGUUGAGCACACUGCGAUCAGAAAAGUCGACAGGCCUGCACUCAGUCAGGUCGACAAGGACUCACAAGCGGGUGUCGCAAGUACCAUGAUGAGUUCGGAAUCAUUCGCUGCACGAGCGUCGUCACCAGUGACGACGAAAUCCAAGCCGACGCCUGAAGCAAUGUCCACUUUGAACAUAAGCUAUCGAUCGGUUCUAGUAACAGGGCAAUCGUCGGCGGACGGCCACAUACUGCCAUCACAAGGUCCGGGCAAGUCAGGAGCGAAAAGCACGUCAUUUGCAGCCAAAGCUGAUGGCCAAUCAACCAUGAAAAAGCAAGCGAAACCUUCGUCGCUCAGAAUCACCUACCAGUCUUCUGAUCCACUUCCUACGGCGGGAGCAAGACAACCGCCACGCAGGCUACGCAAGAGCGCGGCGCAGGUGGAGCGAUUAAACAAUCCCAAAAGAAGCGGACGCCACCAAAGCUGCCGAAGAAAGGCGCACUACUUCCGACUGGUAAAGUUGGCCCAACUCGACCUUCCCGAGGCAGUAAACUUGUAG